AUGUCUGAGAAACUGAUCGUUCUUCGCGGCACCAUGCAUGCUCACACAGACGUUGUUACCGCCAUAUCGACUCCUAUCGACAACUCCGACAUGAUCCUCACUUCUUCCCGCGACAAAUCAAUCAUCAUCUGGGAUCUAACCAAGGAGGACGAAACCUAUGGUGUUCCCCGCGAGUCUCUCAUCGGUCACUCUCACUUUGUUCAGGAUGUUGCUCUCUCAUCCGACCGCCUGUUCGCUGUCUCAUGUUCACGGGACCGCGAGCUCCGUCUUUGGGACCUCAACACCAGAACCUCCUUACACCGAUUUGUCGGUCACACCAAGGACGUUCUGUCUGUUGCUCUCUCAAAGGACAACUGUCAUAUAGUGUCUGGUUCUCGUGACGGCGCGAUUAGGCUGUGGAACACUCUGGGUGAGUGCGAAUACACCAUUGAGGAUGCUCAUGCUGAUUGGAUUAGCUGUGUUGGAAUCAGCCCGAGGGCUCUACGACCAAUCAUAGUUUCGAGUUCAUGGGAUAAAACUGUGAAGGUUUGGCGUCUGAGCGAUGGCAAGUUGAUAUGCACUCUUUCUGGACAUUCUAGAUAUGUAAACAGCGUUGCUGUUUCACCUGACUGUUGUCUCUUGGCUAGUGGUGGCAAAGAUGGAGUUAUCAUUGUGUGGGAUAUUGAGUCCAAGGGAAAGAGACUUUUCUCUUUUGAAACUGGUUCUACUAUUCAUGCUUUGUGUUUCUGUCCCAAUAGGUACUGGGUCUGUGCUGCAACCGAGUCCAGCAUCAUGAUCUGGGAUUUGGAGAGCGAGACAGUUGUUGACGAUUUGAAGAUUAAUGACCUCAAGCCUGAAGCUGAGAGUACUACCACCGCCGGUACCGACAAGGUUAUCCACUGUACAUGUUUAAACUGGAGUGCUGAUGGAACCACCCUUUUCAGUGGAUACACUGAUGGCGUUGUUCGAGUAUGGGGCUUUAACACUUAUUAA